CCAAGCGACCCAACUCACUCAGUUUACUACUAUCGCAAAUCGACGCCGCAUGUCGUUUCGCGAGUUUUUGUGCCCGAGUGCAUGGUGUUAGUGGAAUAACAUAACAGCAAAUUGCUUUGUGCUGUGUUAUUAGUGCUAUUGUGUCAUCGUCGGUGCGACGGGUCCAGUUCCCUUGUUGUGAUGCAUUUGAGGAUAUACCUAUGGCUGUCUUGUGUAGUCCUCGCAGGAUAUGUUCGGGCGACAGAGGACCCAGCCGCAAGCGCAGUAGCCCCAUCAAACCAAGCGCCCCCGGAAUAUGUUGACGAUGAUGGAUCAGGUCUAGAAGACGAGAGCUCAGGGUCCGGGUGGGGCGCCGGGCCGGGCGUCGACGACGAGGACGGGCGCGGAUCAGGUGAAGGGCCUGAAGACGACGAAGACUUCGCCAUCACCACACCCAGACCCCUCCUGUCCACGACCAACACUACCCUAAUCAUCGUCACCGAUGACCCCAAAUCCAUAUUCCACUCAAGCUUCGACUUCUACCCAGACGUCAUAUCGGAGCCGACGUCAGCGGUCCCAUAUUUCGAUGUAGUCAUUCCACGGUUGAAGCCCUCGGAGACAAGCAACACCGAAGUGGUGAUUGGUGGCGCGAGGGACGUCCCCCCCUCGCGUCCAGACCAGACUGAUAUCAGCAUCUCUGGAGAGGAAACCAAUCCUGAACCUGACCACCAGCCGGACGGGUCGUCGUUCGUGGAGUCGAAGGUGGGUCCGGCGGACAACGGCGUGCUCAUCAUGAACAAGCCGGAGGACCAAGCCACCAGCUUCUUCGCGCAGCCUGGCAUUCUUGCUGCCGUGAUUGGUGGCGCAGUAGUUGGACUAUUAUGCGCGAUCCUCGUGGUUAUGUUCAUUGUGUACCGCAUGCGCAAGAAAGAUGAAGGUUCUUACGCCCUGGAUGAGCCGAAGAGAAGCCCCGCCGCAGCCUCCUACGGGAAGGGACACAACAAUAGGGAAUUUUACGCGUGAGACGACACAGAACAAACCAUGCCACGUGUUUACUAGUCGGCUGACCGAUCGAGACUAAUCGGCUUGAUCAAAAUGCCGUUCAUACAUUUUUGUUUUUUUUUUUUUUAAUUAUUAUUAUUAAUAAUAUUUAAAUUAUGGUUUCACGCAUAUGCGUCUACGUGGCUAAAAUUGUUCUGUGACUGACACAAAAAUUUAUUAAAAUUUAUAUCAUUUGGAUUGAGUUUUGUACGGCUUGUACUGUGACAUGUACAAACUCUGUACAAAAAAAAAAAGGUCUAAACGAAGAGAUUGUCAGAGAUGGGCCAUUGAAAUGUUAAAUUAUUUAAAUUAUCAAUUUCAAGACCAAGUUGAGUGAUCAAGAUCACGUGGUGUCCUAAACUUUCGCUUCGAGACCAACGUGGUUUGUGUGUUGUUGAAUAUCAUUGUUCUAUAUGAUGGAUGGUUGAUUGUCGAAUGUUAUCUGUAAAAUUGAAUGUGCCAUCUGCUUAUCUGUAUAUUGCAAUAUCUCUUCGCACGGACUUCAUAAAUUACUUAUUUAUAGUUUAAAAAAAAAUAAUAUUUUGCUGUAGUCUUAGUGUUGGAGUCUAGUUUAUACAAUUUUUUAUAUAUUUAUUUGUUUAUGAACAAGGGGUAACUAACUCUAGAGGUCUAUGGACACGUCCAUAUCUUUUGUCUAUGUAUGUAAUAUAGUACUUGUAUUGUAUAUCUAUAUCAACACUACAUUUUUAAUUAGAAUUUGUACAACAAGCUUUUUGCUUCCAUAUAAUCCAUGGCAUCAUCGAAAUUAAUAUUUUUAAAUAUUAUAUUAUGUAUAAACACAUGGCUGUUAACUUUUUGGCUUACAAUUGUAAUUUGCUAAUAGUUUAUACGUUCCUUUCUAGGUCUAUUUAUUAAGUGGUGUCUAUUUAUUAAGUAUGUUUGAAUAAAUUGGAUUAAAAUUAACAUUUUAUCAACUAAGGAUAUUAAGUUCUCUGUUUGGCUAAGAAAUUAUUAAUCAUAUACCUAGUUAGUGUUUAUUUUAUUGCAUAUAUACGCAUAUGCGCGGUUGGUUUUACGCCCUGGCAUAAAUUGGGCCUAAGGCUGGAACUCGACUCUAAUCGAUGCUAAGUCUCGAACAACCAAAAGAAUUUCGUUCGUCAAAACGAGACUCUUUUGGAUUAGGUCGCAGUAGGUUGUCAAUACCCAGCUGAACAGGUGCUCAGCUGGGUAUUGACAACCAAAUGACGAAGUUGGCGGCUUGAAACAUGACUCCGCUUAGCACAGCUUCGAUCAUGUCUGGCCCUAAAAGUUUUUUCUGGGAUAAACCGAUCUACGCAUAUGCUAAUAACGGUAACAGAAAAUACCUUUUUCGAAAGAUUAUUUCGUUUAAUAACGCGUUAAAAUAUGAAAAAAAAAACAAUUAUGAAAUUCCACCGUAUUUUUUCACGUUACAAACUCACAAUAUAUUAUUUUUAACUUGGUUGUGCAACGAAAUCAUAUAUUUUUAUUGUUAAACUUUUUCUUUAUAAGCUAUGUGCCAUUUUCAAUGUUAAGGUCUGUUUUCUAUAUUUUCAUUAUAUCCGAUUAAAUAAUAAUUAAUCCAGUGGUUAAUUUUUAAACAACAAUUGUCAAUUAAUUUAUUAUUUUCAAUACGAUAAUUUAACAAAUCUAUAUAAAAUUGUAGACGCAACUCUCAGUUUAUGGAUAAAAUAAAUAAUUCUGAGCAAGUGUAAAUAAUACAUUUCUAAUUAUUUGCUUAAAAUAAAAAUAUUACAUUUUGUCUCAAGCAUAGACAAGAUUAAAACUUUUUUGCAAUAUAUUGUUUUGAAACAAGAAACCUGAAAUUCACUGUAUUUUUUUGUGACCAUCGAAUUGUAAAAAUAUGCUAAUUAUAUACUAGUAAAUAUUAUCUGUAAAGUGUUCUAAAUGUCAAAACUCAGCAAAUAUAAGGACAUAAUUAGAAAGUAGUUGAAACGUUCUAUAAGGUUCAAUACGUGCGAACUGCAUUUAGAAUUAUGUUUAUAUUUUUCAAUUCUUAAAUCUUAAAAAGAAAAUACCAAUCACUUUUUAUUAAAUAAAAAUUGUUUUAUUUACGAGACAAAAAUGUAUUGUUAACUUGGAAUUAAUUCAUGAAUUCUACUUUUAAUUACCUAGGUUAGUUAAUUUAAAAUAAAACUAAUUUAAAAAUGCAGUUUACUCGCAAUUGCCUUACAUACAUUCCUAUCAGAACCACUGGUUUGGAUAAUAGCGGAAUUUUAUUACUAUGUUGUGUAUUCAAAAUUUAAGUACGAAUCAAUUUUCUGAAAAAUAAUGAAAUAUCAUUAUGGGAUAUGUAUUUAUCAAACUUGUUGUAGCCUGCAGGUAUUGCUGUUAAAAAAAAUCUUCUUUAUUCCAUCCUUGUAAUAAAUAAAUGACACAAGUCUGGAACUUACUUUGGAGCUAACUCAAUCUGUGUGAUUUAUCCCUAUAUAUCAAAAAAAUGAUGGAAUAGAGGAAACAAAGUCUUAUUAAAAUUUUCUAAAACAUUAAAUUAAAUUUUUCUAAAUAAUGUAACUAAUUGGAAUAAAAAUGUCCAAUUAGUUACAAUAUUACCUAUAUGCGAUAUAUGAGAUAGAAUGGAUGGAUGGAUUUUUUAAAUACACGCAUGAUUCAAAAAUCGAAGAGAAGGACGAUUUUCACUUGAUUUAGAACAAUUUCAAUAAUAACCCUUGAGACGAGACAACAUCAUUCGGCUCACGAGUUAUUUGUGGCUAAUUUAUUUAAAAAAAGACAUUAUAUUUAAAUGUUUACACCGUUAUAUUAUCUGAAUCGUGAAUCGAGGUUAUGCUUGGACGUAAAUCUCUGCAAGUAUUAGGAUACUUAUAUAAACAGAGAUUUACGCCCAAGCAUAAACUGGGCAUAAAUUUAAUGUUCACGGCGUAAUCUCUUUCUAUAACACACUACUUAUUCACGUUUACACAACAUAAUAAUUUAAUUCUAGUACAUCGUAGGGAGCAGUCCCAUGCUCAUUAGUUUAAGAAUUUGUACAUUAUAUUUGUAAAUUCUCUUAGUCUACUGGAGUAACUUGUACUGUAAUGUUAUAUCACUGUAACCAAAAAUAAGUUGUACUAAUUGGUCUCCCGCUUAACGUUGAAUUCGUUUUCUAACAUCGAUAAUCGAUAUCGAUAAUAGGCUUGUUUAAAUAUGAAUUUAAGUAAAAAAAAAAAAUAGAGUCUCAUUAGGAAUAUGUUUUCAAUGUUUAUAAUUUCACGAUGUAUCUUCCUAUUGUACAUUAAAAUAAUAAUCAGAAUUCUAUGAAAUUCACUUUCGUGACAUCAGUAGUCCAUGACAAAACCAUACAAUUAUUUUCAAACGCAUAUAUUUUUGUUAAUUUGCAAUACUAGGAAGAUUGCAAGUUGAACGAGUGAAUUUAUGUUCAUAUUAUAUUUUACAUGUUAAGGCUAGGUAGUCAGUUUACACGAUGGAUGUCCACUGAAAUGUAAAUACACUCCUAUACACUUAGGUAAAUAUACAGGUCAUUAUGAACAA